AGCUCGUGUCGGAACGUCACUCGGAGAUGGUCUUGCGUGAGCUAUACAUGUACGAGGUGGUGCUCAAGGGGUGUUCCCUCGUCCCUCAGUUUUAUGGAACGUUCCAGAGGCCGGCUGGUGGCUGGUUUGGGUUCUUGCUUGAGAACGUUAGGGAGUCUUGAGGAUGUGUAUGGCUCGGAGUGGGGUGAUGUGAAGGUGGAUUUGGGUGUGGUGAAGUGGAAAAAUCUUGUCGAUUCGGUGAAGAAACUGCAUUCGUUGGGUGUCAUGCACUGGGAUCUGGAACCGCGGAAUGUGGCAAGGGCUGGGGAAGGGACGUUCAAGUUUUUUGAUUUUGGACGGUCGGAGAUGCAUCGUUGUCGAAGGGAUGGGUGUGAGGAGUUGAGAGAGUUGUUGGAUGUGUAGUGGGUGUGGGCUGGGGGAAUGAUUAGAGGACGAUUGAAGCUCGGAAAGGCAUGCCAUCCCGCAGUUUUGGAGUCAGUUUUUAGCGAGCUUACCAGUUUGGUUUCUGUGGUCAAAUUAUCCGUUCUAUAAGAGUCCCGCGGGUGUAUGUAUUAAGCUAAUCCUUGCUGUACCGGAAGAUAUGAUUGGCUAUUUCCGACUCGAAGGUAUGAGCGUUCACCUCGGUCGGUGCAGGCGUGAUUGGUCUGACGACUGCCCUCAAAGCGUUACAGAAUUUGUAGGUUUGGGACGACUUAUACCUUUCUUCGUUGGUG